AUGGAGCUGAUGGGAUCCACUCUGACAGCCACAUACGCUCGGCCAAAAACCAGCCACUUCCUCCCUGCCAUUUCCACCAUGGCAUCCAGCUACCGCAGCACCCAGCCUGCCCUGGCAAUCAGCCCCAGUGCCAAUCUGUGGAGGACCAGCAGCUAUUACAAGAGCAGCAGCGGCGUCCCGGGACCUUCUUCCAUACAGCGCGACGGUCUGGACCUGGUCCGGGCCAAGACCAUGUUCUACCCGUCCAACCGGAGCGCGCUGACCACGCGCUACACGCCAGACGACUGGUACAAGUCCAACCACAACAACUACAGGGAGUCCGAGUCGUCCCGGAAGAGCGCGGAGAGGCUGCGGAAGGACACGAUCCGGCUGAUGCAGGACAAAGAGCAGCUGACCAGACGGAGCCAGGAGAGCACCAGCAAGAACAUCGGCGAGAGGCUCAACGACAUCGUGUUCUGGAGGUCCGAGCUGAGCCACGAGACCGACAACAUGGUGACGGAGAUCGCCGCUCUCACUGAGGUCAAGAGGAGGCUGGAGAGAGCUCUGGCAGAGACCGAGGGACCCCUCCAGGUGUCUCAGGAGUGUUUGUACCACAGAGAGAAGCGGAUGUCCAUCGAUCUGGUGCACGACAACGUGGAGAAAGAUCUCAUUAAGGAAGUGGAGGUCAUCAAGUCGUGUCAGGAGAGAAUGAGGAGGCAUCUGGACCGAGCCGUGGCUCAGCUCGCGUCAAACCGAGCCGCUCAGCACGAGCUGGAAAGAGACAUGAGUGACAAAGUGACGGCUCAGAGGAUCGACGACAGGUGCCACCAUCUGAGGAACACCUCGGACGGCAUCGGCUACUACAGAGGGAUCGACAGGCUGGACCCCUCGCUCUCGGUGCCUGACUCCUGGUCGAAGUUCACCGACGACAACAUCUUACUGUCCCAGAGCCAACGCGCCGCCUCCCACAAGCUCAGAGACGAGAUCGAGAUCCUGCUGAACACCACGUCCAACGAAAUGUGGAACCAGUUCAGCAACGUCAACGUGGCUUUCAGCAACCGCAUCUCGGAGACCGCUGAUGCCAAAAACAGUCUGCAGACACACCUGGCCAAGACACUGCAGGAAAUCUUCCAGACCGAGAUGCUGAUUGAGUCUCUGAAGAAAGCCCUCAGAGACAAAGAGUGUCCCCUGAAAGUGGCCCAGACCAGGCUGGAGGAGCGGACCCGAAGGCCCAACAUCGAGCUCUGCAGGGACAACCCACACCACAGACUCGUGGUGGAGGUGAGGGAGAUUGAAGACACUAUUCAUAAACUCCAAGAGCGGCUGAUGGAAGCGGAAAACACCCUGCAGGCUCUGGUGAAGACCAAGAUCGCUCUGGAGCACGACCUGUCCAUCAAGGCAAACUCGCUCUUCCUGGACCAGGAGAAGUGCAUGAGCAUCCGCAAGAGCUUUCCCAGCAUGCCGCGCCUGGUGGGCUUCACCUGA